CGGCCGCCCGCGCCUCGAGUGCCCCGGAGCCCACGCUAGAGCUCCGCACUGGCCGCACUCGCCGGGGCGCAGGCCCGCAGAACGCACGCGACCCGGCCCGGGUCCAGAUCGCGGGGACUCAUCUCUUGGACGCCGCCCGGGGUGCUGGGACCCCGACACGCUACAGCCCGCGGGCCGCGCUCCGCAACUCAGCGCGUUCACCAGCCUGGCCCGCGGCUUUGGCCUCCACGGUGCCCGGUCCCCCGGCCUCCCUCCACCUUUCCCCGCAUCCUCCCUCCACCCUUCCCGCUGCUCCGCCGCCUCCCAUUCAUUGCAUCCGUUUCCCCUUCUCGGCUCGGUCCUCCCCUCCGAAGCUUCCCCGGCCGGACCCCGCUACCCUCUUGGGGUUCUCCGUACAUUCAUGGAAGUUUAGGGCCUGGACCGUGGCCCCGAGUUCGACCUGAGAGCGCAGCCCGCGCUGCCGACAGGACCAAGGAAGAUGUCUGCACUCAAGCGGAUGAUGCGGGUCUCCAAUCGCUCCCUGAUCGCUUUUAUCUUCUUCUUCUCCCUCUCCACGUCCUGUCUCUACUUCAUCUAUGUAGCUCCAGGCAUCGCCAACACAUACCUCUUUAUGGUACAGGCUCGAGGUAUCAUGCUGAGAGAGAAUGUGAAAACAAUCGGGCAUAUGAUCAGGCUGUACACGAGUCAGAACACCACGCUCAAUGGCACAGAUUAUCCUGAAGGCAAUAAUUCGAGUGACUAUCUUGUUCAAACAACAACGUAUCUUCCACAAAACUUCACCUAUUCACCGAACCUCCCCUGUCCAGAGAAGCUGCCUUAUAUGCGGGGAUUCCUCAAUGUCAAUGUGAGUGAAAUCAGUUUUGAUGAAGUUCAUCAGCUUUUCUCCAAGGACGUAGAGAUUGGGCCAGGAGGUCACUGGAGGCCCAAAGACUGUAAGCCCAGAUGGAAGGUGGCAGUUCUCAUCCCCUUCCGUAACCGCCAUGAACAUCUUCCAAUUUUUUUCCUGCACCUGAUUCCAAUGCUCCAGAAACAGCGGCUGGAAUUUGCCUUUUAUGUCAUCGAACAGACCGGCACACAACCGUUCAAUCGUGCGAUGCUCUUUAAUGUGGGUUUCAAAGAGGCCAUGAAAGACAACGCCUGGGACUGUGUGAUCUUCCACGAUGUGGAUCAUCUGCCUGAGAAUGACCGGAACUAUUACGGAUGUGGAGAGAUGCCGCGUCACUUUGCAGCGAAGCUGGACAAGUACAUGUACAUUCUUCCGUAUAAGGAGUUCUUCGGUGGGGUGAGUGGCCUGACCGUGGAGCAGUUUAGGAAGAUCAACGGCUUUCCCAAUGCCUUCUGGGGCUGGGGAGGAGAGGACGAUGACCUUUGGAACAGAGUUCACUAUGCUGGGUAUAAUGUAACCCGGCCCGAGGGGGACUUGGGAAAAUACACAUCUAUCCCUCAUCACCAUCGGGGAGAAGUACAGUUCUUAGGGCGGUAUAAAUUACUAAGGUAUUCUAAGGAGCGUCAGUACAUCGAUGGAUUGAACAAUUUAUUAUACACGCCCAAAAUACUGGUUGAUAGGUUGUAUACGAAUAUAUCUGUAAACCUCAUGCCAGAGUUAGCUCCAAUUGAAGACUAUUAAAAGAAGUCUCUCAUGGUGGGGUAGACCACAGUGCUGGAUUGUGAACUUGGCUUGGAGUGUACUCUGCAUGGAGGUUAGAGAUUGACAUGUCUCAAUGUCCCAGUCUGUGAAAAGAGCCAGCAGUCCUUAAUGUUUACAGCGUGGGACUCCAUACCAUCACACUCCCCCACUCUCCUCCCUGCUUUGGGGCAUCCUCCAUGGCAAGCAUUGUAGAGACCUGAACCCAUUGCUUGGGACUGGAAGUGAAGAGAGCUCCCUACAAAGAGAAGAUUUUUUUAUACUGAAAUCUAUAAUUUAAUUCAAGAGAAUGCUUUUAUUUCUGUUCAAAACAUAUUUUGUACAUAUGUGAUGUAAAUUAAAUGUGUUCAAAUUGUUGAAAAAUAAGAUGUCACAAUUUUGCAUGUGAUUGGUUAUGCCUUCAUUGGACUUUUAUAGACAUUUUUUAUUUGCAUGGGGAAAAUUAUGUAAAUCUAUGUCUCGAAACAAAGGUUCAGCCUUGUAUGGCAUGAAGGAAGUGCCAGCGAUGGAUACAGUAACUGUUCUGCUGGUGUUCAGCUUUAGACCUUCAGCCUCCUGUGGACGCAGGCCCAGCCCUCUGAGGGCACGGAAGGAAAGAGGGAAAGAUGCGCACAGCUUUUCUUCCUGCCAGAAUUACCUGGUUUGGUUUUGUUUUGUUCUGUUUUUCCUUGCUUGCAAUCUCAUCAGAUUUUGCCAAGUCAACAGCCAUACUGUUUAUGCGCACUGCAUGAGUAUUACCAAGAAAACCUUCAAAGUUGUGAAGUGACAUGCUGUACAGGACCUCUUCACGUUAAAUGUCUCUAUGUACCUCCGAUGUAAGUGUCAGGGAUCUUGUGCCUCAAAAAAAAAAAAAAGUUCCCAAGGUUGUCUUUAUAUACUGUAUUUUUUUUUUCAGUUUCAUAAUGAACAGCAUUAUUAUUUCCAGUUAAGAAGAACAAAAGAGAGUAUCUUCUUUUAAAAACUUUUUUUAAGAAUGAACUUAGGGAAAACCCAGUUGUGCUUCUACAGAUGAAUUCUACUAUUAGAUGAGAAAUUAGAUACUCUAUUUUUAUGAAGAUAAAUGCUUAGAUUAAAAAUAACUUCAACUUUAAUUCUCAAACGCACACAGUUCCCCUUUCAUAUCAGCCAGUCAUUGAAACUAUUUUUUUCCACUUUCAAGAAAUCUCCAGUGUUAUUAAAAUUUUCUCAUCAAAAGUGUAAUUUAAUGCCGCCCCCCCCCCCCUUUCUGUGGCACUGGGGAUUGAACCAAGGGCCUCUAGACUUACCUUAAAAUCGGUUCAUUGAAUGUGUGGAUACUGUAACUUCUGAAAUAUGUCUCACUACCUACUGCCAAGUUCACUCAUCCUCAAUUUGGAUGAGGUUUUCCAUGACAAAACGACAAAGCCCAAACAGUAUUCUUACUUUGAAAAUGAUCCAUUAUAAAGAUUCUUGAAAAGGAUCACAUAUUCUAUGUAAGAUCUUAUCUCCCAUACUUUCAUAAAUUUAAAACAGAACACUGUAGCUAGAGUUUUCCUGCCUGGCCCACAGUCAGGACAAAUCUCUAUCACCCGCCAGUCCCACAGCCGCUCAGACCCAACCAAGUAAACACAGAGACUUAUAUUGGUUACAAACUGUAUGGCCGUGGCAGGCUUCUUGCUAACUGUUCUUACAGCUUAAAUUAAUCCAUUUCUAUAAAUCUAUACCUUGCCACGUGGCUCGUGGCUUACCAGCAUCUUCACAUGCUGUUUGUCAUCAUAGCGGCUGGCAGUGUCUCUCUGACUCAGCCUUCCACUUCCCAGCUUUAUUCUCCUCCUUGUCCUGCCUAUACUUCCUGCCUAGCCAAUGGCCAAUCAGUGUUUUAUUUAUUGAUCAAUCAGCAACACAUUUGCCAUACAGAACAUCCCACAGCAGAACACCGUCUACCUGUAAAGUGAACCUUCCCCAAGAGUGAGGAGGGAGGGAAUUCUGGGUGUGGGAGACUCUGCUCCCCUUUUCUAUCUAGUGUUAAGAUCUUGGCUUGCAGUUGUGAUCUUCUGUCAUAGUUUUGGUAAUGCUAAUGGCCACAAGCCAAAUCAUACAGAAAUUAAAAUCCUUACCCUGUCUGUCAUGACACCAGUCUUUCCAUGUUUAUUCUUAGAAGUGGUUCUAAAAUAUUUACCUUUUAACUUUUUUGUUACUCAAAAUAGUGAAAAAUCAGAACUUCUGCCGAUGAAGAUAUUUGUAUGUUAUCCAUUUAUUUUUCUGUGGCUAAUGCAGUAUUUAAUUUGACAGAAUGACAGCAGAUUAUAGUAUUACUGUUGCUGAGGGCUUGUGAGACAGGGAUACAGGCAGGUGACCCAGAGCUGCUCCCUCCUCCCAGUGCUGGGGAAAUUGACACCGUGCUGAAUCUUACUGAGGAAACACAUUUUAUAAUGUGGACGUUGGGAUACCGUUUUGAAUUGAUACACAGUUCACUGUUUCAGGAAAAUUCAGGACCCCAGGUAAUCUGCCUUACUCUCUUGGAUUACAUCUGGUAUUAAUAUGGCUUCAGGAAUUGGAUGUAAGUGUUUUUGUUCUGUUUUGGUGUUGAAUCAGGUGAGCCAGCCUAUGAGAACCACCUCACCACUUUGUUUUCUAUUUUGCUUUUUAAAUUCAGGCCCAGAAUUAUUUUCAGUUAUGAGCAGUGACCUAUAUAAGUUCCCACGGAUGACAGUUUUGCCCAGUUACCAUGGUCACCUGACAAUAAAUCUCUUCCUUACAUAUUAGCGGAAGCAGACAGUCUGAUACAAUCACAUCUACCCCGGUGGUUUUCACUAGGUUUCUAUUCCCCAUGGGCUGGCUGCCUUGCUAACUGUGGCUGUUUAAAAGUUUUGUUUUGUUCCCUAAACAAGUCAAAUCAGAAAGUUGAAACUUCUCUGAAAUAAGGAAGCUGCCAUCUGAUAACUCAUCUGUCAGUUGUCUUAGUCUCAAAUCCAGUGUGGACACAGAGAUGCUGGGAGGUCCUCAUGGCCCUGGGGAAAUCAUAUGAUGCCUUUGAACUAGAGAAAGAAAUCAUGACUGAUGGGCUGUUUAUCAAAGAAAGGGAGAAAGUAUGUGCAUUCAUUGUAACAUUCUUUCUGGUUCUCAGUGAAGAAGUCGUUAAAUUCUUUGCCAAAACUAGGGUUUGAAUGAAGUGACUUUUUUUUCCUUUUUAUAAAUACAUUUUCUGCUGUAGACCUUUGAGCUGGCUCAGAGAGUAAAGGUGCCUGCCCCAAGCCUGGUAGCCUGAGUUUCCUCCCUGGGACCCACAGUGUAGGAGAAGAGAACCUACCCCUGCAAGUUGUCCUCUGACUUCCAUAUGUGUACACAUGCACAUGUACACACACACACACACACACACACACACACACACACACACACACACAGGUGCACACACAUACAAAGUUAAUCAAAAAUUAAUUAAAAAUUAAAUUGCUGUUUGUAUUUUAUGAAAAGGUAUUCACUAAGAAAACCUUAUUUAUAAAAUUUAAGUACAGAAUUAUCUAUUAAAAGCUUACAUUCCCUAUAACCAUCUUAAAACAAAACGGAAGCAUAGCCAAUACAAUAGUCUCCCUUUGGAGACUCUGAGAGCCGAAGCAGAUUCUGUGUCAUUGUAUUGGACCUUGUCCUGUUCCUUUAUAUACCUGUCAGACAAACAGCACUCUAGAUUUCUUGCCUUGGGUUUGCAAAUUGUCAAUUGAGAAGCAAACUGUCACAGUGUUGUUUUUCAGGAGGUGGAAGUGUACUUAAGAUUAUUUAUUACAAUAUAAAAUGCUUCUAUGUAAGUGCAUUGACGUAAAUGCUAGUGAUUCCUUGCAAUCUUUUUUUUGUCUUGUUUUGCUUCUCAUGGAAAUGUUUGUACUUUUUUUAUCAUUGUCUUUUAUGAAAUAUAAUGUUCUAAAGA